UCUUUUCACACAGGACUCUUUUUAUUUGUGGCUCCCAGUCUGAGCUGAGCGGGCUUCAUGAGAGGGGCUGACGGGUCCGGACAUUCAGAGCAACAAAAAGCUUCCGUGGCUUUAUUUGUAGGCGCUGUGAAAGAGAGAGAAAAAGCUCCUCUGUGGAGCUGGAGAGCAGAGGGAGAAGAUACCUGUCAGCGGGGAUGAUGAGGAAAAGCUGCGAAAUGAUCCUGAGGGAGUCAACUGAUGGGGAGGAAAACUGGACUGGGAUGUGAACACGGACCAUCUUUCUCUGUAUAACAGUGAUUGCCGUCAUCAUGAUGACACCACAGGAGAGCUCCCUCCUCACUCACCUGCUCCUGCUCCUCCAGCUCCUCCUCCCUUUCACCCUGUCCUCCCUGCACCCCCAUCACCCCUCUCCAGUCCACCUUCCCACGCUGGUCCCUCACCCCCCAACGCCUCUCCUUCGCUCCCACUUCAGCUCUCAGACUCAGCUGGACUUCAGCACCCACUGCAACUCCAGCUGCUUCCACAGAGGAGAGGAGGCCGCACAGAGGGAGCAGCUGGAAGACAAGCUGGCCUUUGAGACGCUGUACGCCGACGGAUCUCGCACUCUCACCACCGUGGACGUGGAAGGAGAAGAGGAGUUUGAUGGCUACCCUGUUCAUCCUUCACCAAGGAGGUUGAAGUCCAGACACAGGCGUGUGCGGAGGCAGAUCUACGGAGCAGACGGGCGCUUUAACAUCCAAGGGGACAACUUCUUGUUGGAUUACCCGUUCUCCACAGCGGUGCGGAUCUCCACCGGUUGCACUGGCGUUCUUGUGUCCCAGCAGCACGUCCUUACUGCCGCACACUGCGUGCAUGAUGGGAAAGAUUACGUGAAUGGGGCACGGAAGCUCAGGGUUGGCUUUUUGAUCCCGCCAUCCAUGAAUGGCACAGAAGACGGCCUCACUUCCUCCAAGAAGCCUCUGAUCCGCUGGGUGAGGGUGAGACGUACGCGAGUGCCAAAGGGCUGGAUCCAGGGCCCUCAGGAGGUCAGCAUGGACUUUGAUUAUGCCCUUCUGGAGCUGCGGUGGCCUCACCGACGGCCCUUCAUGCGCCUUUCUGUAGCCCCUUCCUCUGAUGACCUGGCAGGGAAGAGAAUCCACUUCUCUGGAUUUGACAGCGACAGAUCUGGGGAGCUGGUGUACAGAUUCUGUCCUGUAGAGGAAGAGUCGAGCGAUCUGAUUUAUCAGCACUGCGACGCCCGACCUGGAGCCAGCGGGUCAGGGGUGUACGGCAGAGUGUGGGACAACAGCUUAGAGCGCUGGGAGAGGAAGGUGAUUGGUAUUUUCUCUGGACAUCAGUGGUUAGAGAUAGACGGGGAGAACAGGGAUUACAACGUGGCCGUGCGGAUCACUCCUCUCAAGUUUGCUCAGAUCUGUUACUGGGUGCACGGAAACCGACUAGACUGCAUCCACGACUGAGGAGUGGAAAACACGGAGGACAGAAAAGCACAAAUGACUGAAACAUACAUCCAUGCAAACACCUGCCACUGAUCCACCAGAUCUCCUCUCAGACUUAGCUGCCAUCAUUUCUCUCCAGUAUGUCAUUUUCUCUCUCUGCCUGUGAGAUCAUCACUUCACCGUCUUUUAAAGCACUUCAGCCUGCAGUCAGAUUAAUAACAGUCACUGUUUCCACAGUAUUAAUAACAAAAGUUACUUUUACAAGAGGGGGGAAAUAUUUUUCCUCUUGUGUGAGUAACACCAGAUUAUUUUCCAGCUGUGGACUGAUAUUUUGUCUUUGCCUCUGUCCUGCUCUCUUUUUCUGACUUUCAGGGAAAUGCUUUGGUAUUUUUGAAGCUCUUCAAGGAUUGUUGAGUUUAUUCAGAUUUCUAACAUGUCCAUUGGUAGUUCGGUCUUCUCAGUGUGGACUGAAGACACAGGGUGUUAUUUUUAUUGUUUGGACAAAUGCUUGAUAUAUGUAUAUUUUAAUAAACAGAGAUUUAUUCUA